AUGGAGCUCACUUGUGAGAAGGGUACGGAAAAGGAACGUCGUAGCAACUGUAUCCGAGUGGUGGCCUAUGUCGCAGUUGUAUUGGCAAAAGACGGAAAACUACAGCUGCUCGAAGCACUUGUUAAAUUUUGCCAAGAGCUUCACGAUGUGACAGUGGUGGCUGCACGAACGCAGAUAUGUUUUCUGAUUGGAAUGCUAUUCAAUGCGGAUUCGAUCAUGAAUGAGCGGGCGUUCGAGGCCAGAGAUUCGUUGCCAAUCGAUCAAUCUGUAAUCCCGUCUGAUCUUAAGAAUUCCCUCUACCAGAUUCUACUCCAACGGCGUCUGGACUCGAGCGCAGCCGUCCGUGUCGAAGUGCUGAAAGGUGUAUCGAUGAUACAGCAUGAUUGUUUGACUGAAACAAAAGGCGGC